ACGCUCAAAAAAAAAAAAAAAAUUCGACUGUCUCUCCAUCGUUUCGCCCAACACACUCCGCUGUCACUACCUUCUCUCUCAUAGCUUCCACCAUUGCCAGUCUUCUUUGUUUUCCAGCGUGGUGGUUUUGGAAGUGUUUUCAAGAAUGGAAACUGAUGAAGGCAAAUUGAAUUCUGAACUAGAUGAGAAAAUUUACCAAAUAUACAAGGAUUUUUUGACAAGGGUUACGAAGUUUGAGGAAUUGGUGGCUGUAGGAGGCAGGUUACUUGCAGGCUUUCAGGAAGGGCUGGAGUAUCUUCGGCGACCCCCAAUAGAUAGGACAUCUAAGUUGGUUGAGAAUAUUAUCAAAGCUAACGAAACAAAGAGAGUUAAAUUAUAUUUUGAAGCUGGCUGUAUCAAUACUCAUGAUGGUGUUCAUAGUAUAAGCAAGUUGCAUACAUGCCAACUUGGACUUCGUGACCACUUAAGUAAAGCAAAAAGCAUACUUAGUGGACUUGAAUGCCUCCUGGAGGAUGUAACUAGUGCAAUGCAAAAUGUGAAUGGCACCUUAUCACCAAUUUGCAUUGAAGAUUUUGGUGAUGGGUUGAAUGAACAAGCAACUACUAAUGGCAAGGAAGUAGCAUCAUCUCGAAUUCAAAGACCUGAAGUAACUGAUUUUGCUGCCCUGAUGGGAUUCAUUUACAGCAUGCUUAAACAAGACUACGUAAUGCAGGAAAAAAUUGUUUCUGCUCUGAAUUUCAAGUUAUCAUCAGGAGAGUUAGAGAGCUACUGCCUAAUGUGGUCUUUGCGCCCCUUUCUAAGUGAUGAAAUUAUGCAUCAAGCUUGGAAACUUAUUCCUUAACUAUCACGGGCUUUUGAGUGCCAAUUUCAUAAUUUAAUUGACCAUUACAGGCUUUCUUAGUACCAAGACAGACAAAACAACCUUUUCCAAAUAUAUGAUUUUCAAUUGACUUUUGGUUAUUGUUACAUUU